GUCUGCUUUUCCUUUUCCGGUUAAACAUGAGCGACAGAAAGCAGGGAUUCAGGGUUUAAAACCUCCUUUUGCUUAUUUUGACAAGCUUUACUUUGGUAUUUGGGUGUCAAAAGAAUAUGUCAGCUUUUGUUACCAUGGAGUAAAGCAAAGAGCCUGAGACAUGUCUACCAUGACAACCAUGGAUGCCCGGCCAAAGAUGCAUAACAUCAGGGACCGUCCUGCUUAUAAACAUCCUCAGCAUACACAGAAGGCAUUUGAUGUUCUUAACCACAUGAGAAGGCAGAAUCUCCUGUGUGAUGUAACAAUAGUGGUUGACACCACAGAAAUCCCUGCCCACAAAGUAGUGCUGUCCUCCUGCAGUCAAUAUUUCUAUGCCAUGUUUACCGGAGAUCUGGCAGAAGCAAAAUCAGAUAGAAUUACACUGCAAGAAAUUGACCCCAAGGCACUCAUUCAGCUGAUCGACUUUGUCUACACCUCAGAAAUCCAUGUUACAGAAGAAAAUGUGCAGACCCUACUGCCUGUUGCUAACAUCCUCCAGAUAACGGAAGUUAGAGAUGCAUGCUGCGAUUUUCUUCAGUCCCAACUCCAUCCAUCUAAUUGCAUUGGAAUCCGAGCGUUUGCUGACUUGCAUGCAUGUACAGAUCUUCAGAACUAUGCCCAGACUUACACAGAACAACACUUUGUGGAUGUGGUACAUUUUGAUGAAUUCCUUUCUCUUAAUGUGGAUCAAAUUUGUAAGCUCAUUUCCAGUGACAGGUUGACUGUGGUCACAGAGGAACAGGUCUAUGAGGCUGUACUAUCUUGGGUACAACAUGAUUUGACCAACCGACAACAAGAAAUUGCACAGUUAUUAGAACAUGUCAGACUGCCAUUAAUAGCUCAGGAGUAUCUGGUCCAGAAGGUAGAAGAAGAACCUCUUGUCAAGACCAGCAGCAGAUGUAAGGAUUUCUUAAUAGAGGCCCUGAAAUAUCAUCUCCUGAAGAUGGACCAGAAAGCUGUCUACAAAACUCCCAGAACACUGCCAAGGACACCACUAGGACUUCCCAAGGUUUUGUUAGUAAUUGGAGGACAGGCUCCAAAAGCCAUCAGAAGUGUAGAAAGUUACGACUUCAAGGAAGAAAAAUGGCACCAGCUAGCUGAAAUGCCAUCUAGGAGAUGUCGAUGUGGUGUGGCUGUAAUAAAUGGACUGGUAUAUGCAGUUGGAGGAUUUAAUGGAUCUCUAAGGGUCAGGACAGUAGAUGUUUAUGACUCGGUCAAGGACAUGUGGACAUCCUGUCCCAGUAUGGAGGCCAGGAGGAGCACACUGGGAGUGGCUGUGUUGCACGGGAACAUUUAUGCUGUUGGAGGAUUUGAUGGGUCUUCAGGAUUAGACACAGCGGAGUGCUAUGAUGUGCGCUGUGGAGAAUGGAGGAUAAUAUCUCCCAUGAGCACCAGAAGAAGUAGUGUGGGAGUCGGUGUUGUUAAUGGUCUGCUGUUUGCAGUAGGAGGGUAUGAUGGAGCCUCCAGACAGUGUCUGAGUUCUGUAGAGUGUUAUAAUCCAAUGACAGACAUGUGGACACCUGUGGCAGAAAUGUCAUGUCGGAGAAGUGGAGCAGGUGUUGGGGUUGUAGAUGGGCUGCUAUAUGCUGUAGGUGGCCAUGAUGGCCCUCUGGUGAGAAAAAGCGUUGAGGUAUACAAUCCUGAGACGGACAGCUGGUCACAAGUUGGUGACAUGCAUCUGUGUCGCAGAAAUGCAGGUGUUGUUGCAAAUGGUGGUUUCUUGUAUGUGGUUGGAGGGGAUGAUGGAUCUUCAAACCUGGGCUCUGUCGAGUGUUUCGAUUAUAAAUCCAACCAAUGGACACUGUUAUCUGCCAAUAUGGUGACUGGACGUAGCUAUGCAGGGGUCACAGUCAUAGACAAACCAGUUAUAGAACUCUAGCAGGAAACGAGAGAAAAUAGUGUUUUUUUACUUUCGUUUUUAGGGGCAUUUGUAUCUUCUGUUGAGUAAAACUCAAGGAUCAGACCCCUUUUGGUUCUAUGUGUAGUUCUGACAUGCAUUUUGGAAGAAUUAUGUAUCUGUGAUAGCAAUUUAAAGAAAUUGAUGUGCAAUAUUUAAUGGCAUGACAUUUAUUAUGUUUGUGUUGUGAUGUGUAUGGCCUCUGAGGCACAUGUAUUUCAGUAUUGUUUAAAGGUUCUCAUUGAAUUUAAUGUGUAAAUUUUUUGUGUGGUGAGUCUGGUUAUGACUGUACAUGUAUUUUAUUAUUGAUGAAAUCAAGUAAGUGGUACCACAUGAAAUUGAUUGGCAGAUUUGUAGUACUAUGGGUACUUAACAGACAGUUGAAUUAAUACUUGUAAUAUACAAUUAGACAAUAGAUUAUAACAAUUAUUUUCAAUAGUGAUAAAUCUAAUUAUGUGUGGGGUUUUUCUGAAUCUACUCAUUCUUCCUAAUUUUUUUUUUAUUAAGUAUCAAAGUAUUUCAGGCAAGUGACAAAUUUUCAGUCUAAAUUUUCCUUGAUCAAGACUUACACCAUUCCUUUGUUUUGACAGAAUGCUGUAGUUUCAUAGAAUUUCAGGUUAAUUUUGAUAGAUUUUAUGUAGUUAAUAGUUGUUUUAGGGUAUGUGUCACCUUUAAUCAGCUCAUCUGAGGACUGAGUGAGCUUUUCUGAUAAAAAAAAUUGACUGUUGUCCAUUGUUGUUGUAGUAGUUAAUUUUUAAACAUCUCCAGAACCACUGAGCAAAUUUCAACCAUGCUUAUAAGAAAUCCUUGGGUUAAAAGGAUUCAAGUUUUUCAAGUGAAGUUUCAUGUCCAAGGGAGAUUAUUAAGAGAUAGUCAAAAUAAGAUUAGAUGUACUGGAAAAGCUGUGACUUUUAUGGAAAUGUACUUAUAUAAUGAAGAUUCAAGUUUGUUCAAUCUAUGAGUACCAAGUCCAGGUUGGGGCCAAAAUAGAGUUUUAAAGUUUUACUUGGGUAUUUAUAAGAAAAUUCUUUAAGAAUUUUCAAAGAAAAACAAAGGUACAAAUUCUCAAAGCAAGGGGUACUGAGGACCUAUUCUAACCCGGAUCCCCGCAGGAUGUUAGUGUUAUGGAUAUUUCUGUAUAACAAAUUAAGGUAUUCCCAGUUCUUUGCAGUGUAGAUUCAAUUUUCUAGUUCACAGUUGGAGUUUAAAAAUUUCACUGAUAAUAAAGUAAACAGUUGUUAAAGUGAAUUAGGAUUCCCUGGUAUAGAGUUAGCAUAAAGUAGAAAUCUUAAGAUUGCUGUGAGAAUUUUUUCAACUGCAAUAUUGUAAAUCUAGAAAUUAUUGCGGACAUUUAUUUUCGCAAAAAUUGGGUCAGAUUGUUAAAAAUUCAUUUUUGUACACUUAAAUUUUGUAACUUAGUUUUGUCACUAAAAGCAGCAUACAAGAUUUUCGUUUUAUGAAAAAUAGUUUUGCAAAUUUCAUAGACUCACAAAAUUGUUAAAAAUUUAUUUACAACAAAAAUAGCUGGAUUUAUGGUAUGAUAAACAGGUUGUGGAAAUAAUAUGCAAGUAGCCUGAGACAUGUAGCAUAUAUAGUGGUGUAAUAGCAGGACUAACAGUUCAUUUUUAAUCACUAUUACCAGUAUGAGCAAAAAUGACUCAGGUGAGCAUUGUGGUUCUAAGGUCACUCCUUUUGUUUUUCUUGUUUAUAAGGGGCGAGAUCAAAAGAAGUUCCAUGUCUAACAAAAAACUAAAUUUGCAUAGUUUUCACCAUAACCCCCCCCCCCCCCCCCCCCCCCCCCAAAUCUAAAUUAGUUUUCACCAUAGCACCUUGGUAUAUAGAUCUAAAUGGAUAGAGCAGGUAGUCUUUUACCAAAAUUGUAAAUUUGAUUUUCUCCAGAGUAAGGGUUCUGACCCCAGGGUGGGGCCAAACUUAGUGUAUAGUAUGUAUGUGUAAGUUUGCUGAUACUGUAUAAAAUCUUAAUGCAUACUUAGAGAUAGCAGAAAAGGAUGUACAAAAAAUGGUGAAUUUCAUAACCCAGGGUUAUGACUGUAGGAUGAGUCCAAAUUAGUCAUAUGUUUUGAUGUUUUAAUGUUAAUACAUCUAUUAUUUAAAGCCUUUCAUCAGUGUAUGCACUUUUGAGGGCAGUGAAGUUUUAAGAACACAUCUUGUUUAUACUGUUGCUGAACAUUAGAAUUUAGCUUAGAUAUUCAGAACAGGAAAUUUUUUCUAGAUUUUAUUGCCCAUGGAAGUAGUGAUACUUUUUCACUAGUAUUCAGGUGACCGAUAACGCCUGUGGGCCUCUUGUUUAAAUGGUCACUUGUCUUUUUGAAUUUAGAUUUUUAUCCGACAUCAAUCUUUUGAUCUCGCCACUAACAGAAAUAAACAAAAAAACCAACAUUUUUUUACAUCAUUGAAUAUUGUCAUUUCCAUACCAGUAAUGGUAUAAAAGGGAUCCAAAAUUAGAGUGCAUCUAUAUGUAAUUUUAUGCUUUUAAUUCCAGCAAUUCAAGACUUGGAUGUAGUAUGGAAUAUUAUGAUUUUAGACUUAAUGUGCGGGACCAAUUUACUGGUACCAAUAAGAGAUGUACAUCAACACGAUUGUCAUAAUGAAAGAUUCUUACAAUAUCAAACGCCCCAUUUAAGUUCCUGAUUAAAACAGAUUUUGAAAUUACUGAUAAAGAUUAAAUAAUGUAAUAAAAAAUACUCAUUAAUUUAAAGGGAAAGGCAACCCAAAAGAUUUUUACAUGAUAAAUGAUAGGAUUAAUCAUAUGAUAAAGAUUUGUCAUACAAUUCUGUUGAUAUAUGGCCUUGAUAAGCUUCAGUACUAAUUUGAAAACGUCAAAAAUUGAAAUUCCCGCGAUCUAUAGAGGCUGCCAUGUUGUGUAACUCUUUUGUAUUCAAGACCACAAAAAUCAUUAAUUUUGACGUCACACCGUCUAUUCCGGUUUUGAUGAGAUUCUAAGAUCAUCCACAUGUGCUUGGGUUCAGGACCCCAUCCGAAUAAGCUACAUGAGUUGAUUUAAUUAUUUUUCUUAAAAAUAUUUCUAGUUUAUGUCAACUACAUCUUGCAUACCCUUAAAGUCCAAAAUAAUUCAAAAUAAGCCCUUUAAGAAAAUACCCUCACUGGUUAUUAUAACAUCAAAGAUGUGCAUGUGGUAGAUCUUACGAAUAAAUAGGUUGAUGCCUUCCUGGCAAGCAGUUAAUUACAUUAAUGCAAAGGGGAGAUGUGAAAAAAGGUUGUUUUUCCCCCCGAAAUUCCCAACCCAACCAAGUCAUUUGAAAAGAAAAGACUACGUAAACUAUGGAUCCAUCAUUUGCGUAAUUACAAGUUGAGAUUUAAGCCAUUUGUAUGAAGAACGUUUACCGUCUCCCUUGUCUGCGACUCGACUGAACGUCUUCUUUUCUCAAUUUCCUUUUGCGAAAGAACGGGCUCAAAUCUAUAUGGCUCCAAACUUAACUGUUCGUGACUUGUCAUGUUUACAGUGCUGCUGAUAAAAUAAACCGGGACCGAUGGUGUGACGUCAUAAAUUAAACUUCAAUGGCCACUCUCUUAGCGGCGGGUAAUUUAAAAUACAUGAUCGAUUAAUAUUGAUUUAAUUGUUAAGCAAGGAUUUUUGUUGUUAAAGACUGUCAAAUACGACAUCAGUAAUACUUUAUUCAUAAAAGCAAAUAUGUGGUUAGGGUUGCCUUUCUCUUUAAAUUCUUUGGAAAUAGGGGAGUGUUUAUUUGAAAUAGUUUACUGAUGUAUUAAUACCAUUUUCAGGGUUAUUAGACUUGUGAUACAUGUAGUAUAUUGGAGGGAUCAAACAAAGUGUCAAUAUCUUUUUGUUUCACUUUCAAUUUAUCCAUCAUGUGACUCACAUUGUUCAAUUUUUAUGUCAAACACAUGGGAUCACUCUAUAUUGAGAGGGUGGGGUCAGGGAUCACACUUUCACACAGACCGUCGAAACCUUGUCCUUCUCAUCUCACCACAUCAUGGAGAAAUUUUUAUGGAAUUAUUCAUCAUGUUAAAAUGCAAUCCCAAUUGAGUUCAAGGUCACAUCGAAUUUCAAGUUUACAUCAGAAUUUUAUGUACGUCAUAAAAUUCAGUAUUUAUGUUUCAAAAAUUGAAAAGGAAAUGUAUACUGUUCUUUUUAUUUCUGAAUGACUGGUUAAGGAAAUCCAUUUAUUGUACACUUUUGAAAUAUAGUUACAGGUAUAUACGUGUAGCUAUAUUAUCAAUUAUCUUUCUGAUUCACCUAUAUGUUAAGAAAGUCAAACACAAUACCGGUAUGUCUCUGUCAAACUUGAAAAAUAUGUAUACAUAUAUGUGUACUUCAAUAUCAACAUUUUAUGACUGGAAAUAAAAUAUAUUGUUGCAG